UCGCCAUAUUGCGAGGCGGAAAGAGGAAGCGAUCGAAAAUGGGAACAAUUGUUGAAUAGGCAUAUGUUUCAAUAAAAGCCCCCAAAAUGAUGAGUAUCUUUGGAUUCGGCCAGAGCGCCGAUAUCGAUAUUGUUCUUGACGGGCAGGAGGCAAGGAAGACUGCCGAGGUGAAGACAGAAGAUGGUAAAAAAGAACGUUACUACCUCUACUUUGAUGGCGAGAGUGUCUCGGGCAAGGUGAACAUCACUUUGAAGAAAGCUGGCACAAAGUUAGAGCAUCAAGGAAUCAAAAUAGAAUUCAUAGGACAAAUCGAGCUCUAUUAUGACCGGGGUAACCACCAUGAAUUCACCUCGCUGGUCAAGGAGCUGGCAAGACCCGGAGAGAUGACACAAAAUGCAAGCUAUGAAUUCGACUUCGCCCAAGUUGAAAAGCCUUAUGAAUCAUAUACAGGAGCCAAUGUUAGACUACGGUAUUUCCUCCGAGUAACGGUAGUAAAACGGCUAAGCGAUGUGGUGAAGGAACAGGAUAUAGCGGUCCACACGUUAUCCACGUACCCUGACAUGAAUAAUAGUAUAAAAAUGGAAGUGGGAAUUGAAGAUUGUUUACAUAUAGAGUUUGAAUACAACAAAUCAAAGUACCAUUUGAAAGAUGCGAUAGUUGGCAAAAUAUACUUUUUGCUGGUGAGAAUUAAAAUCAAGUAUAUGGAGCUGGCGAUAGUGAAGCGCGAGACCACCGGCUCAGGUCCAAAUACAUUCAACGAAAAUGAAACCAUAGCAAAGUAUGAAAUAAUGGAUGGUGCCCCAGUCAGAGGUGAAUCAAUUCCAAUCCGUUUGUUCUUGAGUGGUUAUGAACUCUCGCCGACCAUGCGUGACAUUAACAAGAAGUUUUCCGUGCGAUAUUACUUGAACCUGGUACUAGUGGAUGAGGAAGAACGGAGGUACUUCAAACAGCAGGAGAUCACAAUAUUCCGCCGGGCAGACAAACAAAGAAAAAAUCUACAACAGCAAUUAAAACGCGCCCCAGAUACGCCGCAUUCCAGCAUGAUGCCUGCUACUGCCAGUCCAACAAGUCCCACUAGUCAAUAACGUUCGAACUUAUCCAUAACCCUGUGGAACGAGGCAAUGUUUCGGGGAAAAUUUUGAUGAACAAUGUCUCCGAAAGAGAAAAAUAUUGGUCCAGAUGGAAAGCUCAUGGAAGAGUUCCCCAGAUAAAGUAGCAAUGUUGUGGGGUCUGAAUGCAUUUAUCAUGCAUUCUAUUUCAUGUUUUAGGAUAGUUGCCAUUAUCAUUUGACUCCAUAUGACCUGUUUCAUGUCGGAUGUAUUUCUGUUCUAAUACAGGGUUGUAUGUUCUGUGGACUCGAAACGUUAAUUUUAACAUGAUUGAUUAUGCCUUUGUGCUAUCAGUGCCGACACAGCAACUCUCGGCACUGGAAAUUAUCGCCGGGUGCUGUGGUCAGCGCACAGAAGAUUGAAAUAUGUGUGUCUAUAUAGGCCUAAUAGUAAAUUAUGGUCCAGAAAAGCUCUUCGAGGCUUGGGACGGAAUGUGGGAAGCAGUGAUGCAGUGUCAGUCCAAACAGGAAGUUAAUGUGUAUUGGAAAACAGCUGCAUCAAGUGAUUGCUGGAGUUUAUUGCAGGGAACAUUGCAUGUGGAAGCCACUGGUAUACUAUCCGUCUUUCCAGAUAGACCGAAUUUUAAAGACUUGUGUAUGGUGCAAUGAAAAGAAAUGAAUGAUUGAAUUGUUGGCGCUAGUGACCUUGUAAGACUGGUUCCCAUUCCUACUGAUCAGAUGGGAACUGCAUUUCCAUUUGAGGUUGGAUUUGGGACCUGUUCGUGGUAAAGAAACAGGAUAAAUCUAUGGUUGUGCUGUAUUAAUCCAUGGUUUGACCACAUCUAAGAUUUGCAUCUUAAAUUCUGUUUUGCAGUACAAAGUAUAUAAGUUGAUGUAAAGCACACAUGAGAGAGUGUUUGAUGACAUCCAGAUAGUUUGAUUAUUUGUACCGCCAAAUCUGAUUUAUAGUGGAGCAGUGAGGGCGAGGGCAAAAGCUUCAGGAAAGAAAUAUUUGAAAUGUUGGCUUUGUUGAAAACUGAGCAAUUUUCAUAGAAUUUUUGUCCUGGUCUGCACUUCUUUAGAUAUUUAACUUGUACUGUCUUAGUUUGAGUGGAGAUAUUUUGUACAAUGCUUUUUCUGUACAUUGCUAAUCAGUUUAGUUAAAAAAUCUUCUGGUUUCUCAACGGCCAUACAUCAUCUAUAAUUGACACCUGUCAAUUGAGGCCUCCAUUUAAAGACUCCAGUGUAUGAUGACAUAAGUUCUGCUUCAUCAGAUCGGUCCUGUUGAACAAUACAGUUUAAUGUGAUUCCUGAGAGUAAAACAAUUUCCAAACCAUUGGAACAAGCUGCCAAAAUAUUGUUAUCUGUGACGUUUGAAGGUAUUAGUUUCAAAGCCUUGUUUUGUGCAUGUUUUAUGUUUUGCAGUUGCUGAAAACCUUUAGAAUUUUGUGGUUCGUCCAGCAGAUGGUUGUAAUAUAUUAUUAUGAUUCAAAUGACAGGUAUUUGGAAUUGAAGAAUUAAAAAAAAAUUACAAUAGGAGGCCUUAACAUGUCAUCAAGACAAGAGCUGCCAAUCAUUUGGGGUAACAAAGUGUGUCUGCUAGAAUUCUAAGAAGGGCAGAAUAGGUGAUAAUCUGGUUGCUAUCUUGGAAAGAUCAUGAAGAAAUUUUAGGAACAGUGAGUGUGACUUACCCAUAUUGUUCCGUUUUGGCAAUUUAGAACACUUUUCAGUGUCUUAUAAUAGGCCUUAAGCAGAUAGCGUUCAUUCACACACAUAGGGGAAACCAUGUCAGUAGUGUUACAGUUCCAAGGUUAGUUCUACGUAUAUCAUGUUCAGCUGAUCAAAGCUCGAAAUAGGAAAGAAGUUUUUCAUCAUCUUGAUCAAUCUGCGUGACAAUAAUAACGAUUGGGUAUAAAUAACCAAUUCCAUGUAACCAUGGUAACCAGAGGAAUAUAACUUCAGAUGAUUUAUCAUAACUAUUUGGAAUGAAUAAUGUAAAAUGUAUCUCAUGUUGGUUUGGAGGAGGUCACCAGGUGUGCUGAUAGGGCUGUGUGUUGUAUUGUCAGUACUGAAGAUAACCGCACUUGUCGUGCUUGAAAAAAUGCAUCUACCGUUCCACUGUUGGUGCUGCUCCUGACUGACUUUGCAGUCUGUGACCUCAAAACAGAAUAUGAGAGACUAUUGUGCCAAGCAGUAGAAUACAGCACCUGACAGAGUUUGUAGCCUUUGACCUCUUCCAAACCGAUUUGAGAGAGUAUAGUGCCCUGCAGUAUAGUAUGCAGAAUAUUUGCUAAACUCCUGUACAUUUUGUAAAGUACUCUUAAUAACAUAAGCUCUGUAAAUAUUGAGUAUACUUCAGUGUUGUUUGUAAUGGUUGCAGUUAACCCAUUGACAGCCAGUUGGAAUUGCCCUAUCUGAUCUUGCUUGAGGAGUGUCAAGGAAAAUGGAAGAAGUGUUGAAAAUAAUGGCUAGGUUGUUCGACUACCAGUUCAACCAACAUACUCGGGUGGGAGAUGUGGCAUGACUGCAGUUUUCACUGAUGGCAGUAAUCACUAGUAAUAGUAUAAAAAAUGUUCUACCUGUCAAAAUUGAAGUGGUGUGACGUUUUGACACCAUAGUCUGUCACCGCCUUUACAAAUGUUGUUCAGCGUGGAGGUAAACACUUGCAUUCAAUUUGAGAAUGGGCACUACAAAGCAGAUAAAAAAAAAACAAGACUGCAUCAACUCAAUAAUUUGGUACAAAAUUUUGUGAUCUGGAAAAUUUUUAUUGAAUGACCUUUGAUGCCUUCUCAUGGGAAAAUGAACUGUUCAUGUGAUGACAUUGUAAAAAUUACAUUAAGAUUAUAUCUAAUAUGACAUUUUUAUAUCCA